CCAACCCGGCCACUCGGCGUGCACGCACGGGGGGGCUUGUUGGAGCAGCUCCGGUAGGCGGGGUCCCCCACCCCCAGAGUCACCGCCGCAGGCAGACUCCGGCUCGCGUUACACAUUACCUGCCCCGGUAUGAGGUUGCCAGGAGUCCGAACCCCACCGCCCCCUCUCCACCGUCACACCCCUCCCCGACAGAGAUAGCGAGCGCUGUGUGACGAAAACGCCGCUCCUUCCUUACUCUCGACUGGUCGUUGCAGCCAAAGUGAGGGCGUCUCCCACCACCCACCCACCCGCCUCUGUCUUUCUCGACCUGCGGCUUCUUCCUUUGCCGACAUAAGUUCGACGCAGUUGCGUGCGUUCUCACCGAGCCUCGGCUCUUCCGGAUUCGUCGAUCGCUCGUUGUGUAAACAACAAAACUGAGAAAAAAAACUUCAUUGCGUUUUUACCAUUCGUGUUUCUUCGUAAAGCAAAAACAAACCCAAGUCGGAGGGUGGAGGUUUCGUUCGCCACCCACCCACCCACUCGCCCCGAUACAAGAGGACGGGAGCUGAUCUCUGGUGGAUCUAAACGUCGCUUGGGAAGAAGAAGAGAGGAGGCGAGGAGGGGGGGGGAGACCAAGCUGCGCCAUGAGGAAGGCACCAGGCCAGCAGCAGCAGCGACAUGCGAACUCGCUGCCACAAAAGGGUUUUGGAACUACGGGCGGACGAAUAGUUCCACCCACGGCUGGCUACACCUACCAGCUCUCGCACCCCGCAAAUGGGGUCACCGACAGGGGCGGUGUUGUGCAAGAUGCCAGCAACUCGAUGCAGCAGGAGCUGGCAAAAUGUGAAGACUGUCUGCGAAAAGCAGACACCUUCCUCCAAGCCGACCUGCGGCGAGUGAGUACAGGCCACCCUCCGUGGCACGUCUCCGAGGCAGACCAUUGCCUGGGCGAGGCAGAGCAUCUCAUCCAGUGCCUCUUCAACGACGUGCAGGUGCUCAGGGAAGGCAACAACCCCCAGGCCGAGCUCUACUAUGCCAGGGUCCUGCAGCUGGAAUCGGAAUUGCGCACCCUCCAGGGUUACAAGGAAUCCUUGUCCCAUACCAUGAUAUCGAGGGGCGGUGGCCAAGGAGGCAUGGCCCAAAUGCAGCAGCAGAAUUCGGCGUACCAGUCUUCUGUUCAGCAAGUGCAAUUGCCCGUACAGCAGACCAUGUCCUUCCACACGUCCAGCGUCCGACACCACCAGGCGUCCGCCAUGCAGCCGCCGCCUGCCCAGCAGUCCUUCGGCUACCAGAGCUCUUACCAACAGCAGCAGCAGCAGCAGAUAAGCCCGGUGACCCAAGCCCCCACUCAGCAGGUGUAUCAGAGCCAAUACCAGCAGGUGCACCAGCAACCUAUGCAGCAGGGCGCCACGAUGCAGAGCAACUCUGGCGCACAGCGGCUGCUGCAGCAGAUGCGCGGCGGGACGAUGCAGAGCGCGGGGCAGCGGAGCAUCCGCAUCGUCGGCGGCGGCGGCGGCGGCGGCGGCGGAACCCUGCAGCAGCGGAUGCUGUCCAAGUCAGUGGAGAACCUGGUGAUGACGGGACAGCGAGCGGGCGCGCGGCAGAGCAUGGCGUCCGCUUCGUACGACGCCGAGAACCACCUGCGGUCGGUGCUGGAUCUCAUCUCCUGGGUGGACAGGAAUGAGGAUCGUCUCAACAAGAUGCAAUGGGGCACAGACACGGAGGCGGUGGAGUCUCAGCUGCACAACCACAAGAUGGCUCACAGAGCGAUCGCUGACUUUAGGGAGAAGGUGGACGAGGCAAACCGGCAAGAGAGCAACAUCCCGCCCCAAAUGAAGGAGAAGUAUGCGGAUGCUCUGGACAAGCUGAACACCAAGUAUGGCGACCUGCUGUCGGAGUCACAGAGCUACAUUCAGAACCUGGAGGACUUGCAGCGCUUCAUUGGCAAUGCUACUGAGCAACUUGUUUGGCUCAACCAGCGAGAGGAGGAGGAGCUCGCCUUUGACUGGAGCGACCAGAACACCGACCUCUCUUCCAAGAAGGAUUCUCACUCCGAGUUUUUGAAGGACCUGGAGAAAAGGGAGACUGAGAUAAACCGUGUACAGAAAUUUGGAGAAAACCUAGUGAAUGAUGACCACCCUGGACAAGACACAAUUGAGGCCUUCAUGGAUGUCCUUCAGACUCAGUGGAGCUGGAUGCUGCAACUCACCCAGAGCAUCGACUCUCACCUGCAAAACAACAUGGCAUAUUUUCAGUUUUUCGAGGACGCCAAGCAGACGGAGCAGACGCUGAAGGCGCGGCAGGAGAAAAUGAGGAGCAAGUACACGGCCGACAAGACGAGCAGCGUGGCUCACCUGGAGGAGCUGUUAGAUGGCAUCAUGGCCGAGAAGGAAUCGUUGUUCAACUACAACCGGACGGUUGCCAACCUUGCCGGCCGCGCCAAGGCCGUCGUGCAGCUGAAGCCCAGGAACCCCGCCAACCCCGUGCAAAACCAGAUCCCCCUCAAGGCGCUGUGCGAGUACAAGACGGAGGAGGUGUUGAUAAAACCCAACGAUCAGUGCAUCCUGAGGAACAACUCCAACCGCAUCAAGUGGAGGGGAAUUGGGCCUGGAGGUCGCGACAUCGACCUGCUCUCUCUCUGCUUCCAAGUUCCCCCUCCCAACCAGGACGCAAUGGAGGUCGCCAAUCGAAUUGACAACCUCAACCAAGGGAACAUGACCAUGUGGCAGCAGGUGACCAUCAAUCUCCGGUGCCUCAUCUUCUGGAAGUACCUGCUGCGGGAUAUGGAGACCGUCCGUUCGUGGAGCCUCGAACACAAGCCUUCUCCUGAAGAGUACACGCGGGUCAUGCAAGACCUGGAGUCUAACUAUGAAGAGUUCCUUCGAAUGAGUCAGGAUUCACAGCUGUUCGGCCCCAACGACUUGACGCAGCUGCGCCGCGACUACACGAGCACCGUGCAGUACUUCAACGACGUCGUGGAGCUCUGGGAGGGAGCCGGCAAGGCGCCGAUGACACAACCGCAGCUGCCGGACAUGGGGGGCAGAAAUGUGGAUCGCGAGGUGGUGGUGGAUCACAGCGUAUCCCUCCACACCUCCAUGGAAUUUGACGGGAGCAAUGAGGCAGAUGAGGCCAGACUGCGCAAGUUGGUGCUGCUCAUUGGCAACUGGGAGGACUCCCUGUGGAAUAUCAUACAGACACCACUCAAGGUUCAGAACCCGAUCCAAGACAGCGAGGAUCGUCUGAAUAACCUGCAGGCCCUGAUGCAGUCCCUGGAUGGCAUGGGAGGACAGCUGGAGGCUCUGAACCAGAAUCCGGCAAUCGCUCAGCACAAUGACUUCAUCAGCCUGGUGCAGAAGUACAAGCCGCUGCAUGAGCUGUCAGCUCAAUGCAUGGAGGACCUCAAGGUGGUGGAUUCGACCGUGCGCAGCGUGGAGGACGUGGAGAGCGUCGUGAAGCUGUACGAGGUGAAGCUGGCGGAGGAGGACACGGCUGCGAGCAGCCCUCAGGGCAUCCAGGCCUACAUCGUGCUCCUCAAGCAAUGGCAGUCGGAGCUGGAGCAAAAGCAGCGGCUGUUCCGCCGCAUGCAGGAGGAGCUCCCGCGUGCCGAGGCCGUGAACGUAAAGCUGAACCAGCAACACAGCCUGCAGUACCCGGAUGUCAGUCCCUAUGGGGAGCGCGCCCACUCCCUGCACGAGCGUGGCCAGCGCCUGCAAGCUCAGAUCGGCCUCAGGCUGAAGGAGAUGGAGAAGUUGACCGUCCUCAUUCGGCCGUACCGCGACAGCAGAAACUGGCUGGACGGCUGGCUGGACGGCGCGUUGGUCAAGCAGCAGCAGCUGGAGGCCGUUCAGCCGUCCAACAGCCAAGAGCUCACGGAGCAGCUCACGCAGCAGAAGAUAUUGGUGAGCGAAAUUGAAGUCAACAAGCCCAAAGUCGACGAUUGUCGUGAAUUCUCAGAGCGCUGUGUGGACAUGGUGAAGGAUUACGAAGACCACCUUCAGAACUACCGACUGUGGGUGGAGAAGUUCCACUCUUCCACCAUCACGCCCCGAGAACAGACCUCCCUCUCCGACACUGUCACCAAGGAGUACAUGGACAUUUACACGCGCUACACGGAGCUUCUCAACAAGACGAGCAACUACAUCCGCCUCAUCAACAGCAAGUCCGGCCAGUUCAAGGACAAAGAGUUUUCUCGGGGAGCCAGUGACCUGGAGAUGGCUCUCAAGAGGCUGCUGGACUCGUUGAGGCAGAAGUACUCUGUGGACAAAUUCACCACCAUUCCCCGGCUUGAAGCUCUCAUUCAGGAUUCAGUGAUCGUAAAGGAAGAGAUUGCAAAGUAUAAGCAGCCUGUGUACGACCUAUCGUCCAAGGCCACCACUGCAGAUCAGAAGGAUUCUGCAGACAGAACUGAGCAGCUCUACCAGACCCUGCUUAACCUGUGGCACCAGCAGCAGAUCGACAUGCAGAGCCUGCUGGGCUGGCUCCGACUGCAGGAGGACAUCAAAACCGUUCAAGCCUGGAACCCAUCCUCGUUCGAACGGCUCAGCCCAGAGGAGCACCGGGGCACCAUGCGCAACCUGGACGUGCAUCAUGAGGGCUUCCAGAAACACCUGCACGGCUCCAAGGUGCUGGGAGCCGACGACCGCUCGAGGGCCGAUGGUGACGUGCGCUCCUGCAAGCAGCACUACCAGAUGCUGCUGGGCCAGAUUGAAAAAGGCAAACAAGACGACUCGGCCUGCCAGGGCAACGUGGGCAGCCUGCAGCGUAUCCUGCAGCUGCUGGAGAAUUACGCGGAGCAGACGCUGCCCAAGGUCCGCACGCCGCUCGGCCACGACCCCGAGGGAGACCUCCGCCAGCGCACCGGAGACCAGGAGAGAAUCCAACUCGAGAUCAAGAACCUGAAGGAUGAGGUGGAACGAAUUGGCCAAAACUGUGCCCCCAUUCUGAACCAGGCCAACUUGGGCCCUAAACAGGCGGAACUUCGAACCACCCUCACCAACGUCAAGCAGAGGCUGGACUCUGUGGGUGACCUCUCCACUACCUGCCUUGAAGAUCUCAAAGCUCUACAGCCGGUGGUGCAGAAUUGCAAGAAGGCCGAGACCAUGGUGGGGGCUAUGGAAACUCGCCUCCUCGAGGCAGACAAUGUCCCCAACAGCGUGGAUGUGGUGGAGUCCUUCACAAAGCUCCUCAAGCAAUGGCAGAGCGAGAUGUACCAGCAGAAGGCCACGCAAACGGCGCUUGAGGGACAGGUGCAGCGUGCGAAGCUGGCCAGCGAGCGUCUGCAGCGCGGCCACAGCGAGCGCGACGUCAACGUUGAGCUCUACCGCGAGCGUGUGGAGGACGCGGCCACACGCUGGGACAACGCCCAGAACCAGAUCGACAACCGGCUGCUGGAGCUGGAGAACCUGGGCCGCUCGUUGAAGAACUACAAGCAGUCGUACGGUACACUGCAGCCGUGGGUGGAGGAGGCCACGCAGCGGCACGAGAAGGUGCAGUCCAUGCAGCCCGACGGGGAGGCCGGGCUCAGUGAGCAGAUCUCCCAAAUCAAGAGUCUGGCCAAUGAAGUUCAGCGUAAACAAGGGUCGAUGGAUGAGUGCCAGAAGUACUGCGAUCAGUGCUGCUCGUCUGUCAAGGAUUUUGAGGUUGCACUGAAGACCUACAAAGCCUUGGUUGGGCAACAUCACCCAGCUGGGAUGAAGAAGGCGCAACCUCACAGUGCCCAGAAGUCCGAUGCCAUCUUGCAGGAGUACAUGGACCUGCGGUCACGCUACAACGCCCUGAGCGCCACCGUGAACCAGCUUCUGCGGCUCCUCACCGACUCUCAGAAGAGGAGCAAGGGCGACGAGUUCGCGCGGGAGGCAAGGGAGAUCGAGCAGGCCCUGCAGUCCACCGACGAGACGCUCACCCGCAAGUAUGGCAGCGACUCCUCCGCCGGCCAGAACCGCGUGGAGGCCCUCCUGCAAGGCCUGGACGACAUACAGCAUAAGAUGAUGGAAUACAAUAUCCGCAUCGGACAGCUGAGCGCGCGCACCAAGACACCGGAGCAGUCUGAGACGGCGCGGGGGAUUCAGCAGCUGUACGACAGAGUUGCGGCGGCUUACGAGAAGCGCUUGGCGGCACUGCAGGGCCUCCUCGCCUGGCACCAGCUCUUGGCAAACACCAAGAACAUUCGCUCGUGGACCACCGAGUCGUUCAAAGCGAUUCCGCGAGCGGAGAGCAAGGCGACGGUCGAAAGCCUUGAGGAGCACUACCGCGACUUCCUCAAGGUGGCGCAGGGCUGCCCGGCGCUGGGCCGCACCGAGCGAGGCCGCGCCGAGUCCGAGGUGGAGGAGUGCCGCAAGCACUACCGCAGCCUGCUGGAGAGCGUCGACAAGGCCUCCCAGGUGGAGACCCUGAGCCAGACGUGCGUCAACGAGUGCCAGAGCGUCUCGCAGCGCCUCGACAGCUAUGAGGAGCGCAUUGUGGAGAAGGUGAACACCAUGCUGGAGCAGAACCCCCCGCAGGAGAGUGCCAAGCGCAUUUCCGAACUGCAGAGAGUGCACCAGGAGGUGGACGGUGCUCGCAAUGACUUCCAGAGGGUGAAGGAGAAGGUCACCCUCAUGCUGAUUCCGUCGGCCCCUCCGGCGAUCACCGCUCACUUGCAGCGCACGGCCCAGCGUCUGGACCAAGUCUACAGCCUCUCCACCAUGGCGACACAAGAACUGAAGGCCAUGGAUGGCCUGGUGCAGAGCACCAUCGCGGCCGAGCCAGUGGUGCGUGGAAUCGAGGCCAAGUUGGUGGAGGAAGAAACCUCUCCGGCGGACGUGCGCGGCAUUGAAGACUACAGAAAUAUGCUCAAGCAACUGCGAGCUGAGGUCAACCAGAAGCAGGAGGUGUUCUCCGACCUUGACAGGCAGCUGGUCCAGGCCCGGGCAGCCAACGAUCAGCUGACCAAGACGCACAGCCGCAGGGACCCCAACCUGGAGGGCUGGCGCUCGCGGUCCUCGGACCUGGCCGAGCGUUGGCGCGCCGUCCGCGAGCAGAUCGACGCCAGGAACCAGAACCUUGACAGCCUCGGCCGGAUGCUGAAGUCCUACAAGGACUCCCACGCGGCGCUCAACCCGUGGCUGGGGCAGGCGAUGGAGAGGCAGGAGCAGAUCGAGAGCAUGCCCCAGCAGGAUGCGCGUGCCAUCACCGAGCAGAUCGGCCUGCAGAGGAAACUUGCGGAGGAGGUUGAACUGAACGACUGCAAAGUCAACGAGUGCCAGAGGUACUCGGAAGAUUUCGCAUCCGGAGUGAAGGACUACGAGGUGCUGCUCAUGACUUUCCGAGGUCAGGUGGAGAAGUACCACAGGCUUCCGCAGAGGAAGGGCAUUCACCACUCUGCGUCGGACAUCGUCACCAACGAGUACGUGGAUCUGCGCACACGCUACUCCACGCUGCUCACCAUGAUGCGCCACUUCCUGCGCUUCAUCACCACCAACAUGAGCCGCCAGAAGGACGACGAGUUCGCUAAGGAGGCAGGCAAGCUUGAGAUUACUUUGAAGAUCCUGCAGGAGUCCAUCAAGGAGAAGUAUUCUGUGGACAAGUCGAGCAGUUUCUCUCGCGUAGAGACUAUGACUGAGGACGCUGAGUCGGAGAAGGCAAAGUUUACCGAGUACAAGGCGAAAGUCUCCAACCUGUCUGGAAAGGCUAAAACUCAAUCUGAUGCUGAAACUGCUAAGAGGCUGGAGCAGCUUUAUGCGGAGGUGUGGACACUGUGGAACGCGCUGCAGGGCAACCUGCAGAGCGUGGCGGCCUGGCAGCGCCUGCGCCAAGACACAGACACCAUCAAGUCUUGGACGACGGAUUCGGUGAAAUUGGCGCCACGCACGGAGACGGAAAGUGGCCUGGAGCGCAUGGAGACUCAUUUCAGGGAGCUGAACCGCUUCAAGGCGCAGGCCGGAUCUUCCAUCAACGCGGCCGACCACGCGCAGAGCGAGAGAGACGUCACGGCCUGCCGCAAGUAUUACAAGGAGCUGCUGGAGAGAAUCACCAAAGAGAGCCAGCAGGAGAACGCGAUGGCCGGACUGCAUUCCCAGUUGCAGACGUUCACUCCGCGCGUCGAGGAUCUGGAGCGGGAGAUCACCCUCAUUCUGCGCACGCUGCUGGAGCGUGACCACGUGCAGGACAACAGCAAACGCAUUGGACAGCAGCAGAAAUUGCACGGAGAGGUGGUGAAGCUGCAGGGUGACCUGGGCCGCAUCAACCAGCAGAGUGCCAGCAUCGUGGCCUCCCAACCGACCCUCCAAACCAGCUUCCAGGGAGCCAACCAGAGGAUGGGACUGCUCAACAACUACUCCUCCAUGGCAUUGGACGAGCUGAAGAGCAUGGACGGGCUGGUGAGGAGCACCAAGCAAGCUGAAGACAUUGUGCGGGAGUACGAGACGAAGCUGUGCGAUGGAGCCUCUGUGCCCGGGGACAUCAAGGGCAUCGAUAACCUCAUAAGCAACCUCAAGCGCUGGCAGGCCGAGUUGCAGCAGAAGCAGCAGGCGUUCUCCGCGCUGGAGCAGCAGCUGCAGGCGACGCGCGCCGCCAACGAUCGGCUGGCGAGCGCCCACCGGGAGCGCGACGCCAACCUGGACGCCCACCAGGCGCGGGUGCAACAGCUGCUGGAUCGCUGGGCCAGAGUGGGCAGCCACAGCAAGAUGCGGGUCCAGCAACUGGAGAAUCUACGGCAGCUGAUGCAGCAGUACUUUGACCUGCGCACAUUCUUCAUGAGCUGGUUCGACCAGGCCACCUCACAGCUGCAGAAGCUGCAAGAGGCCAAGGGGGAGAGCAAUGAGGAAAUCGCUCUGCUGCUCAGCCAGCUGGAGAAAAUCCGGAUGGAAAUAACCAAUAACGCCCAGAAGCUCGGCGAUUACCAGAGGAACUCAGAAGAGUUGACGGGGGCAAUUAAGAACUACGAAUCACUGCUGCUUAAGUACAGAAGUCAGAUUGAGACCAGCUAUACAAACCUCCCUCCUCAGCAAACAGCAUCCAUGGAAAGCUUCAAACAGGACCAAGAGCAAUUGAGACAAACCUUGUCGUGUCAGUUCCUGGAGCUCCAGAACCGCAUGUCGGGGCUGAGCUCCAUGCUGGCGCAGCAGGUGACGCUCGUGGCUGAGCUGCAGAACCGUCUACGCGAGCGCGAGACGAUCCGCCUGCAGAAGAUCAAGCGGCAGGUUCGCAUCAUGGUCGACGGCGAGGAGAUGGGGCUCGUCGACGCGUUCAAGAACGGCCUCAUCUCCGAGGAGAAGUUCGUGGAGCUCGCCAACUGGCAGGGCGAGCGCGAGCAGGUGGUGCGCGAGAAGGAGACGUACUAGCUUGUCCCUAACGGAAUGACCGCGGGGGGGGGGGGGGGAGGGGAGGGCGGUGAGAUUAAAGAAAGUGGCUGCUCACGUCGGGAGGACUGCCUGUGCUUUCGCGAGGCCAGGAUCGUUAUGAAAAUGGGGCGACGGUCGCACACCCUGUUGUUUUCUCUUUUAAACGUCUUCAGUAUAUUUCAGUAAUCGCCCAGUACAGAUCACCAACCGCGAAGUAGCGGCGGGGGGGGGGGGCACCGAAAUUCCCUGGACAAAAGUCCCCAAACGCUAUGCUCAUGAGCCAAGAGGGGGGGGGGGAGAUUGGCCUCUGCAUACUUACUGUAGUUUAAUAACCGCCGUUCCACUGGCACGAUUUUAAAAUUUCCAAGAUUUUUUGUUGUUUAUCUUUUUCUUUCCCCGACGUGUGACAUGAGGCUGUGCCGAAUGAGAGGAUGAAUGGCCAUAUUAGUUUCAAGAUUUCGACAGCACAAUUUGGAUUGACGGUGUGUAAAGUAAAAUAAGACAUUCAACCGUUUAACUGUUAUAAGUGUGUGUGGGGGGGGGUAGAUUGACUAUAGUGAAUGAGAGUUCCUCCGUAAACAACAGUUUAAAUCAUUUUAAUAUCCAUCAUUUAUUAUUAUUUUCUCAGUCACGUUCGAGAAAUAAUAACAAAAUUAAUCAGGAUUGGCCACAGCCUUAUAUUCACACGGUUUUUUUUUUAUUUGACAUCACUAUCAUAUGCGUGGUAUCUGUGAUGUCCUGAGAUAAUCACAUAUCAAUUUCAAACAAAGGGGUGUGCGUGGAUUUUUUUUUUACCAUUUGUAUCUACUAACUGUUAACUGUGUAAUGGGUUAAAUUCUCAUUGAUUCCUUUCAGGCUUACUUUGCCAGGAAUAAUAAUUGCAUGUCUUUUGGCGAACUUAAAACAUUUGUGAUCAACAAUGGAAACAUUUUUAUUCUUCUACAUUGGCCACAAUUAAAUAUAUUGUAUUCCUUAAAUUUAGUUUUAUGUCCAAUGUACUUAUGACAAGUAUAUGCACACACAGCAUUGGCUUUGUAUGUUAUUAAGAAAAUGAUGAUGAUGAAAAUGUUACCGUAUGACAGUUGUUUGGGAGAACUUUCCAUGGAUUAUGUAGUGUGUGCCUUAUCAGUAGAUAUUCCUGCUUUUAUAGAUGCCUUUUUACGGUAGAGGGGAUUUUAGGAAGGCUUAGCAGAGGUGUUAUAGACUAAAUCAUAUAAUCUCCUUGCCCUUAACAAUGACAUAGCACAAGCAACUUUGGAUAUCCAGCACUAGAUGUUAUUUUAGCUUACUGAACUGGCCUCAUUGCCUUGGUGUGUAACAGCACACGUGUUCGACAUCUUAUCACGAACUGAAAGGCCUGUAAGUGUACGAAACGCAAUUGAAUAACUCGUCCAAAGUUGAUGUUGCAUUCUUGUUAGUGCGGUGUGUUCCUGCAUGCUUAAACAAAAUAAACAGAUAAUUACUGUC